UCACACACGCCUGUCGAGUCGCGUGCCGUUCGGUCGGUCGAUGAUGACCCGCACCUGCCCUGGGCCGGUCUCCUCGAGCAACUCCUGAAGGUCUGCACAAACAGACAGACAGACAGACAGAGAGAGAGACAGACAGACCAGCAAGCCUUCAUCAGUCCGAUCGGCCAGCCCCCACCCCCGCCAGCCGUAGCGUGAGUGUUUGUAUGGCCUACUAGCUACACAUUCUUCGUCGUCGGUGGUCUUCUCGCUCAUAGUGAUGACCUUCCAUCCACGCUCAGCAAACUCACGGGCGAGGUUCGUCUUCCCUGUGUUUGAAGACGCACACAAUGAGCUGAUUGACAUGUGUGUGUGGUGUGUGCCAAUCAGCCAUCCACCCACCCAUCUAUCCACCAACCCACUGACUGACCCACACGUACUGUACCUGCGCCCGGUUUGCCCAUGAGUACCAUCACGCGUAUCUUGAGUGUCUUCUUGUGUUGCUCGACGAUGUCCAGCUCUGACGGACCAAUGGACAACAGAUGCCGACAAAGACACACGUCCAACGAAGAAAUGAGGAUGGUUUGUCACUGGCGAAAUCCCAACGCCACUCCUCACCGGAACAAUGUCGAGAUCGCUGAGAAAGAAAAGCGUUGUGCGAUCUUGGAAGAAUCCGUCAGAUAUAAAAUGUAGGCAGCAAUCGAAAGUGUGCCUCCGUCUGUGUCCAAGAGAGACACACAUCGUAUGCUCCCUUCUAUCAUCAGACGCUUACGUCGUACCCGAGCUGUUGCAGCAGCGCUUCUUCCUCAUCCUGCUGCAGCCGAUAGAUUUCGGCGGGGGUGCGGAAUCGGCGGUUCUGAGGGGUGAAGAGGGGGCGGUUCGUCGAGCGGCUGCUGGCGCGACUCAGUGACACUGGACGGCGGCGGAUUAUGUAGCGUACCCCCAUGUUACAACGAGACACGGGUGCGCUCGACGCCAAGCCCACCACUCCACACCUGCCCACCGCUGUGGAUAGAAGUGGCCAUCAGGAAGCUCAAGAGAGACGCCCGCCGACACAAACAUCGCAAGCCGCGCCUAUCUCCUCCUUGGAGGCGCCGCUGUUGAGGACGGCCACGAUCUCCUCCCAGGUGUGGGCGUCCUUCUCCUGCUCGCUUCUUCUCCGCCGUGAAGCAUCCCAACCUGAGCUUCCGAAAGGCAUCAAACGGCAAGAGAAUAACUUUCGCCUUACGGUCUGCGGCGGGCAUUACCCCAUGUGGGCAGUCUCUCACAGCCGAUGCGCGCCCGAGGGAGAGGAGGAGGGUGAGGAGCCAGGUGAGGAGCAAUUUGGAUGAGGAGGAGGCUCAGCCGAACUGCAAAAGAGCAGAACAAACGAGAGAAUGACGAGGACGUGUUGAAAA